CCUGUCGACACCGCUGUGCCCACAAUGUUUGCGAAAUACCUCGCCGCGGGCUCGGGGUUCACGGUAGUAUCACGACACUGGCAGGCUUCCCGGCGCCAUUUUUCCUCCCUCCGCCCACGUGGGAAUGAUGGGUUGAUCUACAACGGCCACUCCUAUCCUUUCCCCUGGCUCCGCGACGCUUGCCAAUGCCCCUCUUGUCUACAUCCAUCGACAUUGCAGAAGCUACACAGGACCUCGGAUGUGCCGUUGGUCGUGAAGCCCAGGGAUGGCGGGGUGCGCGUAUCCGACGACGGCGUGCACGUCACCUGGGACUCUGGCCACCAAUCUCUUUACCCUGCCGAGUUCCUCAAACACUACGCAUCGUGCGAAACGACCCACGCCUUUCACCGCGACGUCGACAAGGUCGAAUGGGACGCUGAACAUCUCAAAUCCGCCCGAGACCUCUUCCUGCCGUAUGAAGCGCUCGCCACGCCCUCCGAUCUCCUCGCAGCGAUCACCCAAUUGACGCGGUAUGGGCUCUUGUUUGUGUCCGCUGUGCCGAACGAGCGGACGUCAAACGAAGAAUGCGAGCUUCGCAAUCUUGGCCAGCGCUUCGGCGAGUUGCGAACCACGUUCUACGGUGAAACUUGGGAUGUGAAGAACGUCAAGAAUAGUCGCAAUAUCGCCUAUACGAACGUUGACCUGGGUUUACACAUGGACCUACUUUACUUUCAGCAUCCGCCCCGCUUCCAGAUUCUCCACUGCCUCCGUAAUCGUGUCGAUGGGGGCAAGUCUAUCUUUGUCGACGCAGCACACGUGGCGUCGAAGCUGCGAGCCGAAGAUACCGCUGCGUUCGAUAUCCUGGCAUCUACCCCGGUGGCAUUUCAUUAUAUCAACGACGGCCACCAUCUUCACUACUCGCACCCGACCAUUCAGCUCUCACGCUUCCCGGGAGAUGCCUCGGUUGAGUUCGUCAAUUACUCCCCGCCUUUCCAGGCACCCCUCUCGCUCCAGACGCCCUCCGCCUUCUACCCUGCCCUCAAGCGGUUCGCGUCCAUGCUAGACGACCCUACUGUGCAGUACGAGCAUCUACUCCGCGAAGGCGACGCGGUCCUGUUCGACAACCGCCGCGUCUUGCACUCCCGAACGGCAUUCCGAGAACGGGAGGGCGAAAACAGCGCCGAUGGUGAUGCCAAUCGGUGGUUAAAGGGAUGCUAUCUCGAGGCGGACGCUGUUCUAGACCGCGGGCGUGUGCUGCGCGAGCAGCUGGAGAAGGACUCGCAAUAA